AUGGAGGAGAGGACACUGACAGCAUUCCAGUGGCUGUACUCGCCCCGCCAGCACCGCAUUGUCAGCAGGGCCGACCUGGGCUCCCCCAGCAGGAUCGACAAGACAAUGCUCGCCAGCCUGAAGAUCAAGAAACAGGAGCUGCUGAACAGCACGGAUGUGCCAGUCCCGGAGCGGCCGCUGUCCCCCCCCCUCACUGCCCCGCCGACCAUGAAGUCUGCAGAAUUCUUCGAAAUGCUGGAAAAAAUGCAGGCACCGAAACUUGAAGAGCAGAGGACUGGAAGCCAAAAAAAUAAGGAAGACUACAUCCCAUACCCCAGCAUCGAUGAGAUCCUAGAGAAGGGCAGCCCAUACCCGCUGAUCAUCCUGCCCCAGUUUGGGGGGUACUGGAUUGAAGACCCGGAGAACCUCGGCACGCCCACCUCAUCUGACAGCAGCUUCUGUGAGGAGGAGGAGGAGAACCUCAGCCCCAGCACCUUCGGCUACAAGCUGGAGUGCAAGGGAGAGGCCAGAGCCUAUAGGAAGCAUUUCCUGGGGAAGGAUCAUUUAAAUUUUUAUUGUACAGCCAGCAGCCUAGGAAAUCUGAUCCUUUCUAUAAAGUGUGAGGAGGCAGAUGGCACUGAAUAUUUAAGGAUUAUACUCAGGUCCAAGGUGAAGACACUACAUGAAAGGAUUCCCCUGGCAGGAUUCAGCAAGCUUCCGAGCAUCCCCCAGAUUGCAAAGGCCUUCUGUGACGAUGCCUCUGGGCUGAAGUUUAACCCGGUGCUGUACCCCAAGGCAUCCCAGAUGAUAGUGUCUUAUGAUGAACAUGAGGUCAACAACACGUUCAAGUUCGGAGUGAUCUAUCAGAAGUUCCGGCAGACCCAAGAGGAGGAGUUGUUUGGCAACAAUGAGGAGAGUGCUGCCUUCAAGAACUUCCUAAGUUUUCUAGGAGACACUAUAACACUCCAGGACUUCAAAGGUUUUCGAGGAGGUCUGGAUGUCAGCCACGGGCAGACGGGAGCAGAGUCUGUGUACACGGUAUUCAGGGACAGGGAGAUAAUGUUUCACGUCUCUACGAAGCUGCCUUUUACUGAAGGAGACACACAACAACUCCAGAGGAAGAGGCACAUUGGCAAUGACAUCGUGGCAAUUAUCUUCCAAGAGGAGAACACGCCGUUUGUCCCCGACAUGAUCGCCUCCAACUUCUUGCACGCCUACAUCGUGGUGCAGGUGCAGGACCCUGCGGCAGAGAACGUGGCCUACAAGGUGUCUGUCACCGCACGGGAAGAUGUCCCCUCCUUUGGCCCACCCCUGCCCAGCCCACCGGUGUUCCAGAAGGGCCCGGAGUUCCGGGAGUUCCUGCUGACCAAGCUCAUCAACGCUGAGAAUGCCUGCUGCAAGUCUGACAAGUUUGCGAAGCUGGAGGACCGCACCCGGGCUGCCUUGUUGGACAACCUCCAUGAUGAGCUCCAUGGGCACACACAGACCAUGCUGGGGCUGGGGCCCGAGGAGGACAAGCUGGAGAAUGGGGGUCACGGAGGCUUUCUGGAGUCUUUCAAGAGAGCCAUCCGGGUGCGCAGCCACUCCAUGGAGACGAUGGUGGGCAGCCAGAAGAAGCACCACGGUGGUGGCAUCCCCGGCAGCCUCAGCGGGGGCAUCGUGCACAACGCUGGUGAGGUGACCAAGACCACCUUCUCGCCCCCUGUUCCAGCAGCUGCCACAAAGAACCAGUCCAGGAGCCCCAUCAAGCGCCGUUCGGGGCUGUUCCCCCGCCUGCACACGAGCUCUGAGAGCCAGGUGGAGAGCAGGACAAGGUGUGACAGUGUUUCUGGAGCCCAGAAGACAUCAGAUGUGGGACAUUCUUCUCAAGACAUGAAAUCUGAAACCUCGUCCAAUCCCAGCUCCCCUGAAAUAUGCCCCAACAAAGACAGGCCAUUCAUUAAGCUGAAAGAGAAUGGGAGGUCGAACAUCUCCCGUUCCUCCUCAAGCACCAGCAGCUUCAGCAGCACAGCAGGGGAAAGCGAGACCCUGGAGGAGUACGACAGUGUGGGCAGCCAGCCGUCCACCGCCUCGCCCUUCAAGCAGGAUGUCUUUGUCUACGGCGCUUCACCAGGCAGCGAGAGCCCGAGCGUGGGGGCUGUGGCCACCCCCGUCAUCAUGAGCAGGAGCCCCACAGACAUAAAGAACAGAAACUCUCCCAGGUCGAACCUGAAGUUUCGCUUUGACAAGCUCAGCCACAGCAGCUCCAGUGCGAAAAUUUUUGGUUCAACAAAGGGAAAACUCGUCAACAUCCCACUGGAAGCGGCGGGCUGCAGCGCGGAUGAAGAUUAUGAAUUCUGCAAGGUGAUUCCCCUGUAA